GACUAACAUCCUGUUCCAGCUUUCCAGAGUUUUCCCGUUCAACAAUGAGGUCAAAGAGGAACGCAUAAGAGCGAAGUGACGAGCAAGGAUAUCAUAGUUCCUGCGAGGAAUCUAGAUUUGCCGCUUCGAGCAUUUCAAGCCACGGGGAUGUAGCCUCGAAUAUCGAACCAGCGCGGCCAAGCGCGAUGAAGAAACUGGACUGGAUGCGCCUGUCAUUGUCUGCAGAACUAUUACUGUCGCGAUCUAGAUCCGGGAAGAUCUAGAAUUUAAAUCAUUCUCAAGAUCUGUGCAGCUUGUCAAACAUAUGACAGCACGGAUUAUACUUUUUGAAGGUGUUGAGCAAAGGGAUUUUUAUCUUCAUCCGUGGUAGUUGCGCACAUUUGCGCGAGUUUGUCACAUAUACUAGAGAUGAUAGUGGAGUUUAAUCUCUUGGCGAGCUCUCCGUCCUCUUUUCACAUUUCUUUUCAUUGGUAGUUGCAGCCCAUGAUGAAUAUUGUGGGGUUUGUUUCCGAUGAAAGUUUCAUCUGGACUGAUAAUGAGCAAUUGGUGAUUUGAGUCAGUUUGGUAAUGGUGAGCUCAAACUUGCUCAUUGUAAUUGGCUGGUUUCUUGGCAAUGGGUUGAUAAUUGAAGGUUUCCUAUUUCUCGAGCUCAAUCAUUUACUUUUGAUAUUCGACUUCAUUGCUGGCAAUUUAUCUUCUUAUUUGUAAUACCGGUAUCUAAUAGACAUCAUGGAGGCCAUUGAAGCUCGCCAUAUCCAAAUGGCGGAUAAUACGUCAACCAUGGAACCACAUUGGGGAUAUGUUGCUCGUGUGUUGCCAUGUACGAACGAUGCUGGCUCAUGUGAAUAUCUGGAUUCUGUUUAUCAUACACACGAUAUAUCUAUGCUCUACACUUUUAUCUUAUGGGCAGUAAUAGGAGGCAUUCUGGUUAUACUCACUACUCUCCAUUUCAUAAAGCCUUCAGAACAAGCUCUCACCAAAGCUAGAGACUCAGAGAUGCAAAGUAGGGCGGGAAAUUCGUCCUGGUACUAUCGUACAUGGCGCGGAACAACUGCUACUUUCCGACGAUAUCUCCUCCCAGAAAGCUUUAUCAAGUUUUUUGGACAUGUAACCAGGUUGCAGGUCUUAAUACUAGCAAUCAUGCUAGGGUACUUGCUCAUCUUCACAUUUGUUGGAGAAACCUACAAAAGAUGGAUAACUCCUGUUAAAAAAUCGACUCUGUUCAAUACCAGAUCUGGCCUCGGUGGUUUCUCUGAUCGUCUAGGAGCAUUCGCGUAUGCAUUGACACCAUUUACGGUACUCCUUAGUACCCGAGAGUCAGCUCUAAGUCUCGCGACCGGAAUUCCUUAUCAAUCGUUCAACUUUUUACAUCGCUGGAUUGGACGUGUAAUUUUUAUUCAAUCCGCUGUACAUACCUUUGGCUGGACGCUUAUCGAAGCACGAUUAUAUCAACCGCAACCUACCACAUGGCGAACUUUUAUCAAGGAGUCGUAUAUCAUUUGGGGCUGCUUUGCAUUCUCAUUUGUUUGCUUCCUAUACGUUUUCAGUAUUCGAAGAGUUAUUCAAUGGACCGGAUACGAAUUCUUCCGGAAGACUCAUUAUGUGGUGGCUUGUUUAUACAUCGGCGCAUGUUGGGGCCAUUGGCAACAACUGAAAUGUUGGAUGAUUGCCUCUCUCGGAUUAUUCUUUAUUGAUCGAGGGGUGAGGAUAUUAAGAACUUUGCUAAUACAUGUUGGAUAUUUUGAUGCCAGUGGUAACGCAGGCCUCGGAUUUCACCCUGCCCAAUCGACCCUUCAGUACUUUGAUGACAAGGACGGUGGCGUCAUUCGAUUGGAAUUCGAUCACAAACAUGCCCCAUGGGCUCUUGGACAACAUUUCUUCCUCUGCUUUCCUGCUCUUAGUAUCUGGCAAUCUCAUCCUAUAACUGUGGCAUCAAUACCCUCAGAUCAUCACACAUACAUUAUUCGCUGUCGGUCAGGCGAAACUGGAAACCUCAAAAAACUAGCCCUGGAAAAUCAAUUCACCACUCCUGUAAUCCUCAGCGGUCCCUACGGAGAACAAUUAUUAAAACCAGAAGAGGAACCGACCAAUAUCCUAGCUAUAGCCGGUGGAACUGGUAUUUCAUUAACAUUGCCUCUCGUUUUGGCGGCUACUGCUAGUGAUGCAAAGAUAUACGAAGGACGAGCCAUCGAUUUUGUUUGGAUUGUGCGGCGGAGUUCGUGUCUAGAAUGGAUCCGAGAGGAAUUUGAGGAGGUAAAGGGGAGAGCAAGGAAUGCGGGAAUGAAUCUUAAUAUUCAUAUCUAUAUUACACAGGAAGAAGAUCCCGAAUCGGAAGGAAAAACACAUGAGGCGGUUAUCAACGAUGAAAAGACAGUCAUGGAGACAGAUGAUAAAGCCAUGGUAAACUCGAUAUCAAGUUCGAGUUCGGAAGGAUCCUCCGGUGGAUUCAAGGUUUCAUAUCUAGGCGGCUGUAAAUGUUGUCAUCCUGAUUUGAAGGAGGUGGUUAACAGAUUCAUGCAAGAGAGAGCGGGGAAUGCAUAUAGAACAAGGGUCAUUGCCAGUGGACCGAACGGUAUGGGAAAAGAUUUGAGGAGUGUAGUGGCUGAAUGCAGUGAUGGAUGUGCAGUUUUGAGGGGGGAGAAGAAGGGUGAUGUGGAGUUGGUUUGGGAUGCGAGAGAUUAAUACCCCCACGUCGCAAGGAAGUUCUGUGACAAAAAGCAAAUAAUGGUUUGUGGAAGGUACAAACAUAGAUAUGAGAUUAUGUAUUAUGACUUGAUGUACAGCUUGUAUUUUCAAAAGUAUAGAAAAUAAUUAAUAGUAAAGCAAUUAAAUUUCUCA